AUAUUGGUUACUGUGGGUCGUUCCAUCAAAACUUAGCCAAAUGUCACAUACUAUUAUGAUGAUCCAGUUCAUUGAAGAUGAGAACAGCAGAACUUAUUUAGAUUUUGAGACUCUCCCGAAGGCAUUCCAAGCGCUCAUGGAGCUGUACGAACAGAAGCUAAAACAGAUGAAUCCAAACUUGAACUCAAUAAGCUACGAUUGCCAUGAGCUACAAAACUACAUUGAUUCUCUCAGAGACAUCUCCUUCUUAGUCUUGAACAGCAAAGGUAGCCAGUACGCCCCCCAUGGAAAGAAGUGGAUCAAGAGCAAUUUGUACGAAUUCGUAAAGACCCUGAGUUCAUUAAACGAUAAUUAG